CAUAGGUUUGCAGAUGUUUUUGCAUAUUGGAAGAGGACCAACUUGAACUGCUCGGACUUCCCCAUGUCAAUACCAAAUAUCGCCAAAAAUCAAGCAAUAUUGAAUAUCUCCGAGACGUCCAUUCUCGUCGUCUCCUUUCUCCUUCCCCUUCUGCUGAUUUUCAUCGGUCAAUUCCUGGAAUACGUGGUGUAUCAAGUGACUAGGCGAGGACCCGGGACUGAAUCCAUUGUCAUGCGCACCUUCCACAUUCUCGGCCUUUUUCUCCUGGGAAUCUUUGGGACGUCCUUGAUCCUGGAUUCGAUGAAACGCAUGUACUCCUACCCGAGACCAUACAUGGGGAUCACGUGUGGAAAUAGCUCCAUCCCGAACUCGUGCUGGAUAGAACCAUCAUGUGGACUCUUCCACGACUGGACGUCCUUCCCCUCCCAUAAUGCUGGCAUUUCCUUCUUCGCGCUUCUCUUCCUCUCUCUUUACGUCUACCAUCACCAUCUCGCGAGAAGUUGGAAGAUCGCACGCACCGUAUUCAUGGGUGGGCUCAUCCUGAUGGCAUUGGUGUUCGGUGCCAGUCGAAUCCAGCUCCAUGAGAAUCAUCACCAAGACGUCUGGGUCGGAAGCGUGAUCGGAGGCGCUCUUGCGCUCGCCAUCAUGAUUACACUGAGAGGUGGAAAGGACGAGGACGCGACGAUGGAGAGGAUGAGGCGGAUUCUGGAGAGCCCUCGCAUGAUCCCACCCGUGAGUCUGUCCAAGCCUCCCGUCGGGAUGGAGGAUCCCGAUGCGAUGGGCUUCACCAACCCGGCAUACCUACGAGACCCAUCCCGACGUCCCGCGCCGGGACACGGAUUCCCCAACAAUCAACAGUGACCUUUUUUCCCCUUUUCUUUCUUUUAUUCCAUAUCAUUUUUCGCGUCAAAAUCACAGCACGUGUCAAUAAAUACAUGAGGAAACGGG